AUGAUGUUCUUGACGAGGCUCACAAGAGCUUGCUCGUCCCGGCACGAGUUCAAGCAAUUCAUCCAAACCAAAGAACAUCCCGAAGAGGGGACGGCGUACUUCAACGAAGACUUGCUACCUACUCCUUCAGAGCAUCGAAGUUGGACAGCUUUACACUUCUUCACGUACUACUUGACCCAGACAUUUUCUCCAGGCUCUUACAAUCUUGGAGCAACUCUCAUCUCAAUUGGCUUACAAUGGUGGCACGGCAUGAUUGCAGCCGUGAUCGGCUCCGCUAUCCUCAGCGUUGUGGUUAUCCUCAACUCCCGCGGUGCAACUUGCUAUCAUGUUGGAUUCCCCGUUUACGUUCGCGCUGCUGCCGGUGUUAGCGGUGCAAAACUAUUUAUAGUCGUACGCGCCUCCGUCGCCAUCAUCUACUUCGCAACUCAGUCAUUCUAUGGCGGUAUGCUCACUUCAGUGGCCCUCAGGGCCAUAUUCGGCUCCGGGUGGGAUAAUAUUACUAACCGCCUCCCGACAAGCGCGGGGAUUACUUCCAAGAACCUGUUGGCAUUCUUCAUCUUCUGGAUCAUGCAGUUUCCGGUGAUGUUCAUCCAUCCGACUAUUCUUCGACACCUAUUUGUGGUGAAGUCCGUGGCUACAACUGCAGGUCUAGUCGGCGUCCUAGGAUGGGCAGUACAUGCGAAUGGAGGGAGCCUGGGUGGUUUCCACUUUGGAGCAAAGUCUCUAAGCGGCGCGGCACUUGUGUGGCCCAUGAUCCAAGCUAUUAACAGCGUCAUGGCGGCCCUCUGCCCGAUCCUGGUCAACCAACCUGAUGUCGCUCGGUACGCUACACGUCCAGCACAGGCAACCUGGUCACAAGCCAUUGGUAUCCUGGUCAGUAAGGUGCUCGUCAUGUUUCUGAGCUGUGCCACAACUAGUGCGGCUGCUGGUGUUCUUGGCAAGAGCUAUUGGAACGUCUGGGAUCUCUACAACGCUAUCUUGACUGAGUACUGGGGUCCUGGAGCCCGCGCUGGGAUGUUCUUCGCUUCCACGGGCAUGAUUUUAGCGAUUAUCGCGACCAAUGCCGGCUCAAAUUCCCUGCCUGUCGGUGCUGAUACCAGCGGGCUGUGGCCGAGGUAUAUCAACAUUGUCAGGGGUCAGGUGAUAUGUGCUCUGCUUGCACCCCUUUGUGUACCGUGGAAAAUUAUCGCCAGUGCCAGUUCCUUUCUCACUUUCUUGGGGUCAUACACCGUUUUCUUGAUGCCGACCUGUGGUAUCAUGGUUGUAGACUACUGGAUCAUCCGUCGAGGAAACCUCCAUGUUCCAAGUCUGUAUACAAAAGUAGAAGGCGCUCCUUACACGUACUACAAAGGUUGGAAUUUGCGCGCGGUCGCCGCAUGGGUUGCUGGCGUUGCGUUCACUGUACACGGCAUUGCUGGAAAUCUUGACCCCGACUCCGUUGACCAGGCAAGCAAGAACAUGUAUAAGCUCGGUUUUCUGCUUUCUCUCGCAAUGGGUUCGCUAGUCUACUUCGUAGCUUGUUCUAUCUGGCCCAUUCCAGUUUAUCCACAAGAGCUGGAGUCAGAGAUAAGCACGGGCUUUGAGAGCAUGGCGCCAUUAGAGGGUUUCUUUCCCGGAGAGAAUGUUGAUACCAUUCGUGGAGUCUUUUAUGCCGUUGAGGAGACUAAAGUCAAGCAGACUACGGGGAAGAGCGCCGGCGCCGAGUCUAUCAGCGAGAAGUAUACGGUUUAG